UUUUUGUCCUCCAUUCACUCGUUAUCCUUAUAUCCCUGGUUGUAUUUGCGUUUUUCCUUUCGUGCACUUGAUUGAUUUGAACAAACUCCUAGCAUCAUGAAGCUCUCCCUCGCUCUUGGAGCGGCAGCCUUUGCGGGAUCUGCUCUGGCAGACAUUGAUCCCAUCGUCAUCAAGGGCUCCAAAUUCUUCUACAGCAGCAACAACACCCAGUUCUAUAUUCGUGGUGUUGCCUAUCAGGCCGACUAUGACUCCAACUCUACCGACAGCAGCUCCACCAGCUACGUCGACCCUUUGGCUGAUGCCACCACCUGCAAGCGUGACAUUCCCUACCUUCAGGAGAUCAGAACCAAUGUCAUUCGUACUUAUGCGAUCGACCCAACCAACAACCACACCGAAUGCAUGAACAUGCUGGCUGAAGCCGGCAUUUAUGUCAUUACGGACAUGUCGGACCCUGAUCAGUCCAUCGACCGGGACAGCCCGACCUGGGAGACCAGCCUCUUCGCCCGCUACAAGGAGGUGAUCGACGAUAUGUCCCAGUUCAACAACACUCUCGGCUUCUUCGCUGGUAACGAGGUCUCCAACACCAUCGACACUACCGAUGCCAGCGCUUUCGUCAAGGCCGCCGUCCGCGACUCGAAGGCCUACAUCAAGGAGAAGGGCUACCGUUCCAUGGGUGUGGGUUACGCCACCAACGACGACGCCGACAUCCGUGUCAACCUGGCCGAUUACUUCAACUGUGAGAGUGAGGAUGUUGGUGUCGACUUUUGGGGUUACAACAUCUACUCCUGGUGCGGUAACUCCACUUACGAGGAGUCCGGCUACGAGGCCCGCACCGAGCAGUUCAAGAACUACUCCGUCCCCGUCUUCUUCUCCGAGUAUGGUUGCAACACCAACGGUGUUCGCGAGUUCACUGAGAUCAAGGCUCUUUACGGUGACGAUAUGAACAGCGUCUGGUCCGGUGGUAUCGUCUACAUGUACUUCCAGACUGAUAACGACUACGGUUUGGUCUCCGCCAUUGACAGCACAAGUGUCAGCACGAUGGCCGACUUCAAGUACUACUCCUCGGAGAUUCAGAGCGCCACGCCCAGCGGUGUCGACAAGGCAUCCUACACCCCGACGAACACCGCGCUCCGGAGCUGUCCGGCCAUUGGUACCUCCUGGGAGGCUAAGGCCACUCCCCUGCCCCCGUCUCCCAACAGCGCUCUCUGCUCGUGCAUGGACGCCGCCGCCGGGUGUGUAGUCAAGGACUCCCUCUCCAGCUCCAAGUAUGCCGCCCUCUUCAGCGAAGUUUGCGGCCUCGUCUCCUGCACGGGCGUCUUCCACAACGGCACCACCGGCACCUACGGUGACUACAGCAUGUGCGAGGCCAAGCAGCAGCUCAACUGGGCUCUGAACCGCUACUGGGAGAGCCAGGAUAAGGAGGACUCCGCCUGCAGCUUCGCCGGCUCCGCCACCACCACCGCCGCCAGCACCGCCAGCACCUGCAGCUCCAUGCUCUCCCAGGCCGGCACUGCCGGCACCGGCUCCGUCUCGGCCACCAUCACCGCCACCGACGGCUCUUCCAGCACCUCCACCUCCACUUCCGACUCCAGCUCCUCCGCCGGCCACAUGACCGGUGCCUCCAUGGUGGCCGUUGGCUCUCUCCAGCUCGGUGCCUACGUUGUCACUGCCAUCGGUGCUGGUCUGGCCAUGAUCAUGUUGUAAGGGUGAGAUGCAUGUGUAUGGUGGAUCCGUACUCUGCGAUUCAUGUUGCAUGUUGUCAUAUAGAAGGAGAUUAGUUCAGCUCGCUGCAAUAUUUUUUUCAUCACACUCAUUUACUUUCUUCGUGUACAUUACCUUCAAUCAUUUCUAUGCC